AAGACUUCCUUUCUUAACAGAAGCUCUCCAAAGCUACAUUUUUCUCGCUGGGAUUAUUUCCCAGGAAAAUUCGAGUGGUUUCUUUCCCCCAUAAAACAAGAGAGGUUCGUUGACUAAUUAUAUCCAGAUUGAUUGAUAUCAUUGAGGACAAAUCUACCCAAUCUUUUUCCUCAGAAAUUGAAUUCCAGAGGUUGCUCUUGGCAUUGCCAUAUGACCUGAGUUUUACCAGUUUUUGAUCUCUAAUUUGGAUCAAACAUCAUCGUAUUUGAGGAUCUUCUUCUAUAAUUUUUUGUUUAUAUUUUUUUUAUUAUUGUUUUAAUGCUCAAUGAUGGCAAAAGGCAUAACUACUACAUCACUGAUUUCACUGCCCGAGCUGUUCUCUCAAACCAUACUUGCCAUAUUUGAUUGCAUUCGUGCUGCCAAGAGCGUCCUUACUCAGAUGGAGAAUUUCGAGAAAUUCUCAAAUUACAUGGAGAAGAUCACACUUGUCUUAAAGGAGUUGUCAAAGUCAAAUGUAGAUGAUUCGGAAAGCUUACGAAAUGCUUUGGAUAUUCUGAACCUGGAGGUUAAAGUUGUGAAGCAGUUAGCUCUUGAGUGUGGAACUAGAAACAAGCUCAUGAUCAGCUGCAGGAAAAUCUUGAAGCAGUUAGAGAACAGCUCAAAGGAGAUUUCUCAAGCACUAAGUCUCAUCCCCUUGGACUCUGUGGAUGGUCUGAGAAUUAGUAAUAAGAUUAGCAGGUUAUGCAAGGAUAUGCUGGGGGCUGAAUAUAGUCCAGGCAUAGUGGAGGAUAAAAUUUUGGAGAAGAAUGAGUCUGGUAUACAAGAGAGGAAUGUUGACAGAUGUUAUGCAAAUGAUUUGCUUGUUUCUGUUGCUGAGGCAGUUGGGGUUCCUGAUGAGCAAUUGGCCUCAAAGAAGGAAUUCGAAGAAUUUAAGACUGAAAUAGAAGAUUCAAAACUGGGAAUAGACACUGCUGAAGCUCCAAGAAUGAAACAGAAUGUUGUGUUGCUUGAAAAGGCUGAUGCUAUAACAUCCUAUGAGGAGAAAGCAAAGAGGUACCUCGAUGAGCGGAAUUCUCUUGGUAUGCAACUUUUGCAGCCUCUUCAGUCGUUUUAUUGCCCUAUCACUAUGGAUGUCAUGGUUGACCCGGUGGAGAUUUCCUCUGGUCGGACAUUUGAGAGAAGUGCCAUAGAGAGGUGGUUUGCAGAUGGAAACAAACUCUGUCCAUCAACCUCAAUUCACUUGGACACUUUGGUUUUACAGCCUAAUAAAACUCUUCGCCAAUCAAUUGAAGAAUGGAAAGAUAGGAACAAGAUGAUCACUAUUGUUUCCAUCAAACCUAAACUUCAGUCAAAUGAAGAGCAAGAAGUGCUCCAAUCUCUCUGUGAGCUGCAGGAUCUAUGCGCCGAACAAGAGCUGCACAGAGAGUGGGUGACAUUUGAGGGUAAUAUACCAAUUCUCAUUGGACUUCUUAGUGCAAAAAAUCGAGAAAUAAGAACACAUGCUCUAGCCAUUCUCUGCAUUCUUGCAAAAGAUAGUCAUGAUAACAAGGAAAGAAUUGCAAAAGUAGAUCAUGCAUUUGAAUCCAUUGUCCGGUCACUUGCCCGCCAGAUAAAAGAAAGCAAGUUAGCAUUACAGUUGUUGUUGGAACUAUCAAGAAGCAGUGCAGUGCGAGAUGUCAUUGGAACCAUUCAAGGCUGUAUAUUUCUUGUAGUAACUAUGCUAAACAGUGAUGAUGAUCAAGCUUCUGGAGACUCAAGAGAGCUUUUGGAUAAUCUUUCUUUCCUCCAUCAAAAUGUUAUAGAGAUGGCGAAAGCAAACUUUUUCAAACCAUUGUUGCAGCUUCUUUCUGCGGGACCAGAUAAUGUUAGAUUGCUCAUGGCUAAGACAUUGUCAGAAAUUGAGUUGACUGAUCAUCAUAAAUUAUCCCUAUUUAAAGAUGGAGCACUAGGACCUCUUCUUCAGUUACUCUCUCAUGAUAAUCUAGGUAUGAAAACAGUGGCAGUUAGAGCCUUUCAGAACCUGUCAAACUUGCCUCAAAAUGGCCUGCUGAUGAUUAAAGAAGGUGCACUUGGACCAUUAUUUGAAAUACUCUAUUGUCAUAGCUUGUCAUCCCCAAGUUUGCGUGAACAGGUUGCAGUUGUGAUUAUGCACCUUGCCAAAUCAACUAAUAGCCAAGAGGCUGGUCAUGAGCAAAUCUCAUUGCUGGAAUCUGAUGAAGAUAUCUUCAAACUAUUUUCUCUGGUUUCCUUGACGGGGCCUGAAAUUCAAAGAAACAUUCUUCAAGCUUUUUGUGAAAUGUGCCAGUCUUCUUCUGGUCGGGACAUCAGAGCAAAGUUGAGACAGCUCUCUGCUGUCCAAGUAUUGGUUCAAUUAUGUGAGGUAAACAACCAAAUGGUGAGAACAAGUGCUGUGAAGCUAUUCUAUUGCUUGACAGUGGAUGGUGAUGAUAUCAGUUUUCAGGAGCAUGUUGGUCAGAGAUGCAUUGGCACAUUGCUCAGGAUCAUAAAAACUUUGAGUGAUGAAGAAGAAGCUGCAGCUGCAAUGGGUAUCAUCUCCAAUCUUCCAAAGGACAUACAGAUAACUCAAUGGCUUCUAGAUUCUGGGGCACUGGAUAUAAUUUUUGCUACCAUAACUGAUGGAAAUAGAAAUGCCUCGCACAAGAAACAGGAAAUAGAGAGUGCUGUUAGAGCACUUUGUCGUUUCACGGUUUCAAUAAAUAGGGAAUGGCAGAAAAAAGUAGCAGAAGCUGGCUUUAUUCCAGUUUUGGUACAGUUACUAGUUUCUGGUACUUGUUUGACAAAACAAAAUGCAGCUGUUUCGCUUAAACAGUUUUCAGAAAGUUCCACUGCCUUGAGCCACCCAGUCAAGAAGACAAGGGUUUUUAUUUGCUGCUUGGCUGCCGCACAAACAGGCUGCCCAGUACACCGGGGAAUAUGUACCGUGGAAUCUUCAUUCUGCAUUUUAGAGGCUAACGCUGUAGAACCCUUAGUAAGGAUUCUUGGGGAGGGAGAUUUGGGAGCCUGUGAAGCUUCUUUAGACGCGCUCUUGACCUUGAUUGACGAUGAAAGACUGCAAAGUGGCUGCCAAGAGCUCGCAAAAGUAAAUGCCAUACCUCCAAUUAUAAAGUUACUGAGUUCAACUUCUACGAAGUUACAGGAGAAGGCUCUUGGGGCUUUAGAAAGGAUAUUUCGGACGGCUGAGAUGAAGCAGAGGUAUGCAACUUUGGCCCAAAUGCCAUUAGUCGACAUUGCUCAAAGGGGUAGUGGUGGAAUGAAAUCCCUUGCUGCUAAAGUGCUAGCUCAGUUGAAUGUUCUUGGUGAACAGUCUUCAUAUUUCUAAUAUCAAAAAUAAAUUCUUUAGAUCGAAGGAUUUAUUAUUCCCUUAACUCAGGGACGAAGAACAUCAUGUGCCAAAACUUUGCUUAAAUGCUUGGUUGGCCUGAAAUGAAUAGUUAGAGUUAUGUUUGUUUCCAGAAAGAGAACAUUCAUCAGGUUAUUCAGUGUAAUUAUUUGACCAAAGCAUUCAGGGUAAUCAACAAAACAGUUCUUCCUUUUUUAAAAAAAAAAAUUACUGUGCUGCAUUCAGUAUUCUAUUUAAUUUUAUUUUCCCUUUUUUUUUAAUAAUAUGUUUUCGACAUGAAUCCAGAAUGAUGAUUUGAUUAGGCCGAGGUUCCUUGGCCUAUGUAAUAGGAUUUCUCCCGUCCAUGAAGUACCAUGGCAGGCUGUGUGUGUUGGCUUUUCUGGGUUGAUUCAAUUUUUUUUAGUAAUGGGGUUGGUCCUGAUAUCAACCAUGGAUUAUUAGUUAAGGACUGUAUAAAAAUAUUAACAGUAUAUGAAAAUAUAAUUGUGCAAA